AUGACGUCUUCCGGCUCUACUUCCCCUCCUCUCGCGCCGCAACCACCCCCCUCGGGCCGCUCCCUCAUCUCCAGGCUCAAGGCGCCGUUCGGUACGAAAGCACGGAACAUCACCGACUUCCACGUACAACCAGACGAUCCGCACCGCCAAUAUUCGCCCGGAGAUACAGUCAAGGGGAAAGUGGUGGUUAAGGUGAUCAAGCCUGUACGGAUCACGCACAUAGUGGUGUCGCUGCAUGGCUAUGCGCAGGUCUACAAAACCCCCAAUACCCCCGGCGAGGGCUAUCUAUCCCACAACAGGUCCAUAGGGACCGGCAAGGGGAAGCGGGAGGGAGGUUACUUCGGCAAUGGCUUUGCUUCAUUGUUCGAAGAUGAAGUAGUCCUCUGUGGAGAGGGUCGGCUGGCCGAAGGAACAUACGAAUUCGCGUUCGAGCUGCAGUUUCCAAGCAAGGGUCUGCCUAGCAGCAUUGACUUCGAGAGGGGCACUAUUUCGUACAUGAUCACAUCCACACUCACCCGUCCCACCUCGCUUUCACCAACUACGACGUGCGAUGCGCGAGUGUAUCUAAUUGAGAAUAUCGACAUCGGGCCGCUCUACGAGCCGACACCGCGAGUCAUCUCUCUUGAACCAGUCGUUCACAGCAAAAAGCCGAAAGGCAAGGCAAGCAAGGUUGCUGCGACAAGCGACAAUCAAUCCAAGAAUCCCGACGCGCUGGAAACGUCGCAGAGCAGUCGGGUAUCGGAGAGCACCAGCCGCCGCGAGAGCCCUGCAGCGGGAGCGGGAAGUGCGGCGCCAAGCGAAGUCAGUGAAACUCAUCCCAGCAGCAGCGGCUCCGGCUCGGGUCCUGACGCUGGUGCAGCUUCCACCAGGACCGGAAGUGGAUCCGUCACCGCAAGGAGGGCUUCCGCGGACAACAAUACCAUCACCGCGACUAUCGAACUCCAGAAAUCGGGCUUUCUGCGGGGUGACAACAUACGUCUGAAAAUAAGCAUAUCACACAAGAAGCCAAUCAAGAGCAUGAAUGGAAUCGUAGUCACACUUUACCGGCAAGCACGUGUCGACAUGCAUCCUGCGCUCCCCCUGGUGACGAACAGCAAAGGAGCCAGGAUCAAGAGUGAGGACUACUACCCGAAGUCGAAGACCGGUCUAGGUGGUCUCUCCUUGUCAGGCGCUGGCUCUAGCCACGUCUUUCGAAAAGACUUAUCGCAGUCUUGUGUUCCUCUCAUCAUCGAUCCACGGUCGCUCACUGCUGAGGUCAAAGCAUCCGUCCGCGUCCCAGACGAAGCUUUUCCUACCAUAUCAUGCGUCCCGGGCAGCAUGAUUAGCUUUAAGUACUUCGUCGAGGUGGUCGUUGACCUGCAAGGGAAACUGCAGGGGCUGGAUAAGUUCUUCCCUACUCCCGGAGCUUGGGGCGGGUCUCCAACAUACGGCAACCUUCCCACGAUGAGCCGAGCGGAAGACGCAAGCGGCGGGAUGUCCACCGCUAUGGGCGUGACUUUCGUGGACACAGAUCCGAUUCGCCGCGACAAGAAUGUUGUGAACUGCGUCUUUGAGGUGCUGGUCGGGACGAGAGAUAGCGAGCGGAAAGGCAAACGGAGACAAGAGGAGGUUUUAGAAGGAGAACCAUCACAAGACAACGCUCAACAGCCCGAUAUUCCUGAUGAUGACCCAUCUCCCUAUUCAGCUCACCCGCAGCAGGAGUGGCCUUCACACACUCCAACGCCGUCGCAGUACGGCUAUCAUUACGAUACAUAUGAUCCCUCUGCUCACGUGACCUCCGCCUAUACUGAUCAGCAGCCACCAUACCAACAGGACUAUCUAGCUUCUCAACCAAUGCCUAACCUCGCAGCUGAGGAGCAUGGCCUCUCCGAGAAAGAACGCCUUCGCCGAGCCGAGGCCCGCCUGCUUCCCAGCCAACCGCCGUUAGACGAGGAUGAAGCCGAAUCCUCAACCGCCACAACCUCUUACGCGCCUUCCGCACCCACGAUACCCGAGGAAUACGAAUACCUUCCCUCUCAGUAUCCAACAACAGGUCGUCCGGACAUCCGUGCCGGCGAUCUCGGCCGCCCUUCAGCACCCCCAGCGAGCGGUUUCAUGCCCUCGCCUGGCGAUUAUGAUACCGGUCCCGAUACCGCAGGCCCCAGUGCACCAAGCUACGAGUCACAUGACUACGGCGCUGCCGGCGUUGGAAGUCAUCUUACGGAAGACAAACAAGAACUGCAGCGGCGUCGGCUGGAGAUGGAGCGAAGCGCGCCGGAUGUCACGCCGCCAGAAGAUGACCCUGGUGGUGGUGGUGGUGCAGAAGGUGGUAGGAGGGAGGACUUUGCGCCUUCGGCUCCUGUGCUGACUGAAGAGGAUGAGUAUGGGUUUAGCGCGAGUGGUGCUGAAGGACAUGGACUGCCGAGGUAUGAGCGGUAA